AUGGCGUCGUCGAUCGCUGCCCUGAAAAACGUGGUCGAGCCGGCUUUCAUUGUUUUCGCGUUCACCAUCGGCUCCCUCAUCAACCGCCGCAAACCUGAAUAUGACGAUGACGUAGACGCGUGUGAACGUGGGUCGGAGGAUUCGUCCUCGUGCCCCACCUCUCCGCUACUCAAGCCGGGGAUGCGUGUGGAUGGGGCGGAGGUGUCCCGCGUCAACAGCAAACUACUUGUACGGUUUUUCCGGACAUUUCCGUUCCUUACAGAAAUUGUCUAUUGGAACUUGACCUACUGGGUCUAUCAACUCCUUCGCGCAUUGUCGGCGCGCAUGAUAGCCGGCAACGAAGCAGUCUUUAACCGCGCUCGCGAACAUGCCAUCAGCAUCCUGCACUUUGAGCAUUUCUUCGGUUUCGAUGUUGAACUUCAACUUCAGCAAUAUGUCCUCAACAACAUGCCCUGGCUGAUGCCGAUCCUGGCCAGAAUCUACUACUCACACAUCAGCCUCGGCGUAUGCUUCAUCAUCUACACCUACACCUUCCUCCCGCCGAGCACAUUCCAACGAAUCCGACGAACGAUUGCCAUGGAUAAUGUCAUCGCCUUCUUUAUCGUGACUUCUUGGCGCUGCAUGCCGCCUCGCAUGCUGCCGGCCGAAUAUGGCUUCAUCGACAUCCUCCACAGCGCACAGGGAGGUGGUAACGCUUGGACGCACAACAAGUUCCAGCUGACUAUCGCCGCGAUGCCGAGCCUUCACUGCGGUACCGCGCUGUUCCUCGCGUGGUGCAUCUGCCGAUUCUCGCCUCACCGCCCGCUGAGGCUCAUCGCCCCAUUGUGGCCCCUGGCCAUGUUCAUCACCAUUGUUGCCACGGCGAACCAUUUCAUCCUUGACGCCAUGGUUGGCGCCAUCGUCCCAGUUAUUGGAUGGAGGUACAACCAUGCUAUCCUGUAUCUGUUGCCCCUGCAGGAACGUCUUUUGGAGGGGCUUGGGCUCAAAACUCCUAGCGACGAGCAGAUUCCAACUAUGCCCAAGGUAUGGUAA